AUGCCUUGCAUUUUCUUCUUCUUGGAUCGUAUCGUGUAUCUGGUUUUUGACCUUUCGACCAUAGAUCCGCCCGUACAGCUCCGCGGAGCGUUCCUGUCGUUAACGACACAGGCUCCCCAUCAGGUUGUUCAGACGCCGACCCUGUACGCUUCUUCACCGACGGCAUCAGUGGAGGAGAAGUCGGUCUGCAUGCUUCCGAAAAAGCGAAAAUUUCCAUCGCCGAAAGGGGGGGACGAUGUCGGAAGCCUGAACGUCGUGAGCGGACUCGGUGAUCCGGGUCUCGAGAUGAUGGGAGUCGAUGAGGUCACCGAAACAACCGAAGUGAAUUUAGCUGAUUGGCGAGGUCAUCGAGUGCUCGUGAAGAAAGACGAUACCCUACGAUAUUUCCCAGCCACGAUUAAGAACGUCACGAAUACGCCUUCCGAUCUCAUUGUACAGUUGGAUAGCGAAGACCGACGUGAUAUGGUGGUCCUCAACGUGUUCUCAACGACAGCGUGUCCUAUCAUUUCCGACCAUAGUCCUUCACCAAUUCAUUUAUCCGUGAUCGGAACUCCAGUUUGUGUUAGACUGUCGACCGAGCAAGCAUUUUACGUCGAAGGAAUCCUCCAGGCUGUGCGCUCGAAGCCAACGCAGUACGCCGUGAAGGUGCCCUCGGAACUCGUUCAGAUGUACACCGGGAUCCAGCCAGGGAGCGUCACAACGACCGAGGAGGGAGGAAGCAUUGUGUGGGUUUCGCGGGCCGUAAUUCGACUUCGUCAGCCCCCUUGGUGGGAAGACAGUGCAGCCUCGACUCCCGUCAGCGUGAUCAUAAGCCCUACCCCGAAAACGCCGGAUCAGCACACACCGCGCACCCCUUCAACGCCCCAGGGUCUGUCGGGUGGAUGUGGCGGUCAAACGCAGACUCCUACCGGAAGCUCGACCCCGCAUUCAAAUUCUCAUAGUCCAGCAGGCUUUCUGGACGAUGACAUUUCAAAUGUUCGAUCGCCAAAAAUCGCGCUUCUCCAGCCCUCGAUGCAGCCGGCGAGUGCUGCAGCGGCUGCGAUGAGCUCUCUGGGUGGACAGAGUUGUUCCUCACCUACGCCACCCCAUGGAGCGGGAAGCAGCAGCAACGGUGGAUCUCCGCUUGUAAAUUCGGGAGGACCGACAUACGAUGACGAUAUGGUCGCAGUGGAUCUCAGCAAACCUGCAGCAACGUCCUCAAUGUCGUCAUCGCUGACGAGUCCCCCUCCGUUGAUGAGUACGCUCAACAGCCUCAGUGGGAACAACCUCAACAACAAUAACAACAACAACAACACGACUAACAACAACAAUCUCUACAAACUGCCGGCUGUGGGCAGCCCGCAGUCCAUCAUUCAGCCCGCAUUCUCUAUGGCCGCGCAGAAUCUUCUGCCCUCUUCGCAGCCAGAAGAGCACAAGUUCAAGAAGGGUGAUAUUGUUCAUGCUCCGAACGGCAUCCGAAAAAAGUUCAAUGGAAAGCAAUGGAGACGAUUGUGCAGUCGAGACGGCUGCACUAAAGAAUCUCAACGGAGAGGUUACUGUUCGAGACAUCUCUCGCUUAAAGGCAAAAGUGGCGAACACCAUUCGCUUGGUAGCGAUGGUUGUGGGGGAAGUGUCGCCGAAGAGCAGAUGGACUAUGCCUUUGAUGCCCAAGGAGUGCGACAACAACAUCACUCGUCGAGUGAGUAUCACAGUGCAGGUGGAAGUCCUUAUCAACUGGUUCCAUCGAUAGCCACAACUCCCAACGAAAAUAACAAUCACAUACCCGUCUACCCAUGGACUUCGUUGGUUCCGUUCCUCGCAGCGAGCGGAGGGGGUAGUUCGGGCAUGAACUUCUCUAGGAAUUAUUCCACACCCUACGAUACUCAGAUGGAGGAAGGUGGCAGCGAAAACGACCAGGAAGAUCUGGAUGAAGUAUUUGUGAGCGAUAAUGGACCCGCCAGUGCUGAAGACAAACUUGGGGUACCCGGAGUCGUCCUUAGUGGCGUGAGCGGAGGCGCACGGAAGAAGAGCGGGAGCACUUCGAGCAAGGAUGGGCGGGAUAGCAGCGGCGCCUUGACAGGCAGCCACAUCCGACGUCCGAUGAACGCGUUCAUGAUCUUCAGCAAACGUCACCGAGCGCUCGUUCAUCAGCGUCAUCCUAACCAGGACAACCGGACGGUAUCGAAAAUCCUCGGAGAGUGGUGGUACGCCCUGAAGCCACAUGAGAAGCAACAGUAUCACGACAUGGCAUUCAAGGUCAAGGAGGAACACUUCAAGAAGCAUCCCGAAUGGAAAUGGUGCAGUCGCGAGCGCAAGAAAAGCGAAAACGCGCCGGGUGGCUCGGGAAGACGAGAAGAUGGCGACGACAAUAGCGAUCAAGAAGAACAGCCUGGAGCUCUCAGUUGUGGAAAUCUCCUUGGCCUGCCGCACGGCACUUCACCUUCGACCUCAAUUUCCAGUCCGUUGCCUCAUUCGCCUUUGACGUAUCGCGAACCUCCUCAAUCGGCACCACCCUUCGAAGUUUCCCUCAUGGAAGAGAAGGUGCAGGCCCUCUCGGUGCACACGCCGUUAUCCCCUUCGGUCAACAGGGCAUCUGCGCUUGGUCUUUUGGAGCCGCCAUCGGUUAUUGUUAGCACUCCGUUCGUUUUGGCUCCAACUCCAGCGCAGUUGGGACUUGCGCCUGGUCAGAAGAAACUUCACCAUCCGCACAUGCCGCCCGAAAUUUCGGCUCCCAUCCCUGGUACGAGGAAUGACGGUAGUCCUUCUGCCUUCCAAAUGCCCAAAAAACACGAGCUCGCGGCUCCCCUAAGCGCUCCGGUCGUGAUUAAUGGCGCCUCCUCGAACGGUGUUAACCAAGGGAGUGAACCCAGCACCAGCGGUUGCUCCAGCGCGGCACAAACACCGAAGCUGGAAGGGAAUACCUUUUUCGGGCCCUCGUUCAGUGUCCAGGAGGCCGCAGCUGCCGCGUCGAGCGGGUCCGUAGGCGACGCGUGCGAUACCAGCGGUGGUGAUUCUCCGGGAGUCACCCCAAUGACUCCGAGGACUCCUGAGAAUUCUUUCCCCCUCCGGAGAGUAUUGGAACAGAGGCGUCAGCUUGUUAUGCAGCUAUUCCACGACGAAGGUUGGUUCCCGACGGCGCCUGCUACGGCUGCCUUCCAACAAAAGCACAAAGACGUGUUCCCUAAUAAGCAGACGCUGCAGCUCAAAAUUCGCGAGGUGCGCCAGAAGCAGAAGGCGAGCUCGCCUCAUCCGACCCAACAGCAGCAAACACCCCAACAACAGCAAAAGGACAAGUAUCGUUGCAAUAUAGGUCCCGAAGUGUUUGGAAGUCGUACGCCUCGCCCAAGUGUUAAACAAUGGCGAACUACGCAGCAAGUCAUCGUGCAUGCCUUCACGCGAUGUAUCGACGUCACGCUAGGGUACGAUAUAGGGUACGAUCGAUACAGACGGAUUUGGAAGACGCAGGAGAAAAUUCGGAUGUAA